AUGGACGACAAUAACGAAGAUCCGGCGUCAAGAAAACGUCGAUUGGCUAAAGAACGAAAGGCAAGAUGGUGGGCACGUCAAAGUCAAGAAACAAUGGACAGAAUACGAGUGGAAGAGGCCGAUCCCAAACGCAAAAGACGUGAAAUGCAGCAACCUGAGGAAUUACAUCUUCGACAGCAGACCGACGCCGCGGCUCAUAGGACAAGUCGACAAAUGCAAUCCAUCGAACAAUCCCAACAACGAAGAGAAGCGGACGCGGAAGCUCAUAGGAUUAGUCGAGGAAUGGAGUUACCUGAGAAAUCCCAACAACGUAGAGAAGCGGACGCGGUGGCUCAUAGGAUUAGUCGAGAAAUGGAGUUACCUGAAGAGUCCCAACAACGUCGAGAUGUAGACGCAGAAGCUCAUCGCCUAUCCUAUGAAGAAAGCAGAGAACUUAAAAGUCAACGUGUGAGAAAUGAAGCUGUAACCGCUACGUUUAAUGAAAAUGCUAUUGAAUUAGAUUAUUGCGGGAAAAUGGAUAGCAUUUGCGUAUACUGUAGUUCUAGAAAUUUUCCAGCAGAGAAGCCCUCUGAUGGGAAGUUUACGUCCUGUUGUCGAAAAGGGAAAGUCAAAUUGCCUAAAAUUAUGGACGUAAGUGGACGAGAGCAAGCUUAUCCGGAAUUUCUACGUCGACUGCUAUCUGAUAAAAGUCAUCCAGAUUUCACAAACUUCCGAGAGUAUGUACGAUCCUAUAACAGCGCCGUGUCUUUCGCUUCGAUGGGAGCGAAAAUUGUCGACCUUCCUGGCCGGGGCCCAUACGUUUUUAAAUCUCACGGCACGACAUAUCACAGGACGUCACACACAGAACCAGUUAAUGGUGCUAACCCUGAAUAUGCUCAACUUUACGUCUUUGACAGUAGCGAAGCCACUGCCUAUCGUCAGAACCACCCUGCAAAUAACCACUGCAAGCCCACCAUUUUAUAUUCCAUUGACCAGUUUUUUCGUCAGCAUAACAGAAUUGCACAAUCCUACGAGAUGAUGCGAGAAAUGCAAGCCAAAGAGGUUCGACAAGCUAGGGCGAGAGGCGAGGAAAUUCCAGUGGUCAAUAUGGCAUUUAAACGAGAUCGACGGUCGGAUCAGCGACGUUAUAAUCAACCAACAUCAAAUGAAGUAGCCAUGAUAUUUGUCAACAAUGACGCUGAACCACCAUUUGAACGUGACAUUCAUGUUUACCCAAGGAAUCCAGUUAAUCCUAACCAAAAAUUCAUUAACAUAAAUAUUCUUAGCCCCAAUCUGGAUCCGAUGUCGUAUGCUAUACUUUUCCCAUAUGGAGAACCCGGAUGGCAACCGAAUUGGGAGUGUGAUACAUAUGAUGGGGUGGAAAGGAAUCGAGUGCGCACCAAGGUGCUGCAGUACAAAUCGGCCCUUACUGCAAUCCGGGCAAAUUUUAACCCACUAAUGAGCGCUGGCAAGUUAACCCAACAAUGGUUGGUCGAUUCAUACCUACAGGUGGAAGCUAAUGAUCUUAAUUUUGCUCGAACAAAACAGAAACAGCUUCGAGCAGAAUUGUAUCAAGGAUUAGCGGACCAUGUGGAAAAUCUGGCCAGAAACGCAAAUGUCGCCGCAGGUGUUCCAGUAAUUUUACCAUCCAGUUUUGAAGGCUCCGCUAGGAAUAUGCGUGAAAGAUGCAAAGACGCAAUGUCCAUCUUCUCCAAAUGGGGAGCACCGGAUCUCUUCAUCACCUUCACGGCUAAUCCCAGUUGGACUGAAAUAACAGAAAACCUAAAUACAUGGGACCAGCCUUCUGAUCGCCCAGAUUUAGUUGCAAGAGUGUUCAAGUUGAAAUUAAAAAGUUUACUUGAUGAUGUCACACACCAUGGUAUAUUUGGGAAGUCAAUUCCCCAUGUAUACACAAUAGAAUUUCAGAAACGCGGGCUACCUCACGCACACAUUUUGGUCACGUUGCAAGCAGAUGACAAGUUUCAAACUGCUGACAGGAUUGAUCAACAUGUACGCGCUGAAAUUCCUGAUCCAGUCGAAAAUCCAAGAUUGCAUGCCAUUGUAGUGAGAUGUAUGCUUCAUGGACCAUGCGGCAUCACGCAAAGUCAUGCUUCAUGCAUGGAGGAUGGUAAAUGUAAGAAGAACUUCCCCAAAGACUUCAAUAACGCAACAGCUACGAACGUCAAUGGAUACCCAAUAUAUCGUCGUCGACCUGGGUUACAGUUUGAAUCAAGAGGAGCGUUGUUUGAUAAUCGACACGUGGUACCAUACAGUCCAUAUUUACUUUUGAAAUACAAUGCCCACAUCAAUGUAGAAAUUUGUACCUCACUCAAGGCUGUAAAAUAUAUUUACAAGUACAUAUACAAAGGAUUCGACUGCGCCAAUAUUGGAAUAACUUCUGAAGGUGAUCGACAGCUCCAACACAAUGAAAUUACAAACUACAUUGAUGCCAGAUACCUCAGCUCACCGAAGGCAAUGUGGAGACUUCUUGAGUUCAACAUGCACGGCAGAUCUCAUUCUGUACAGCAGCUACCAGUUCAUCUUCCAAAUCAACAACGCUUGGUGUUCGAAGAAGGCCGUGAAGAGGACGCAGUUGCAGCUGCCAGAACUAAACGGACCAAAUUGGAAUCAUGGUUUGAACUGAAUCGAGUGGAUGAAGAAGCCCAGCAACUUUUGUAUACUGAGAUUCCAUAUCACUAUACCUAUAAGGAUAGUAAGUGGCAGAAACGUCAAAGAGGUGGAAAUUCUAUUGUUCCCAGGAUGUAUACUGUUGCAUUGAAAGAUGAGGAAAGGUAUUUUCUAAGGCUUCUUUUACUUCACGUCAGAGGAGCUGUGAGUUUUGAAUCCAUUCGAACUUUCAACUGUGUAACUUACACUACAUUUAAAGAAGCAGCGUCUGCGCGCGGUUUACUGGAAUCGGACGAGGAAUGCGAUCGUUGCUUGACUGAAUCCAGUAUUUAUCAAAUGGCGAAGCAAUUAAGAGAAACCUUUUCCUACAUCUGUGCAUUUUGUCAGCCAGCUAGCCCACUCACCUUAUGGAACAAAUUUUCAGAAGAAAUGUCACUCGACUAUAUGCGGAACCAUAAUGCAGAGAUAGCCAACAAUUUGGCACGACAUGAUAUAGACGCAAUUUUAAGACAACAUGGGCUAUCAUGCUCAGCCAUUGGACUUCCAAACCCGACAGGAAUUGCACCAGCCGAUGAGCAAUACGAUCCAGUUCAAGAAGCUCAAGCUGCAGAAAAUCUUAUCGGAUUGCUCAACCCUAACCAACGUCAAGCCUUCAAUAAGAUAAUCCAUGCUGUCGAUCAUGAAGAUGAUACGGAAAGGAUUUUCUACCUGGACGGCCCUGGAGGCUCAGGAAAAACAUUUUUGUACAAUUCGUUAAUGGCAUACAUACGUGGCCGAUCACAGGGUGGACGAACAGUGCACAGUGGCUUUAAACUUCCAAUUCCUCUUCUCGAUACCUCUGUUUCCUCCAUGCGAAUAAGCUCAAAGGAAGCAACUCAAUUACGGGAGGCCUCACUAAUACUUAUUGACGAAAUUACAAUGCUAUCGAAGCACGGAUUGAGGUGCAUCGACAAAUUGCUUCGUGACAUUGUUGGUAAAGAACAACCCUUUGGAGGCAAAGUAUGUGUUAUGGGAGGUGACUUUCGUCAAACGCUUCCCGUUGUACCAAGAGCAUCCCGCGGACAAAUUGUCGACAGUUGCAUCAAGGCGAGUUCCCUUUGGUCUAAAUUUACGCCGUUGAUACUGAAUGUGAACAUGCGAUCUGACGGACAUGAUCAACAUAACGAGUGGCUGCUGAAAAUUGGGACGGGAGAUGUGGUUGCUCCGGAGGAGUUACCAUGUCCAGACCUUAUUUCUAUCCCCCAAGAUAUGACUGAAUCAGACGAUAUUGUAACUGCGGUUUUCGGGGCCAACAUUCAUGAUUUACCGGUGGAAGAAUCGGGUCAUACUUUCUCCCACUAA